AUUGAUCAAGCGCUAGGUCAGUUGCACAAGUCUGUAGCCUUAUCAAACCUGUCCCCGUUGGCCCCCACACAUGUAGGUUAGUAAGUCGCACGCAUGAGGAUCGCGUAGACUAACUAGUCAAAAGGUAUUCUCAAAGUCCCGCGAGAUGCAGGGACGUUCAAACGUAGAUCCUGAUAGCGGAUAGCACGCAUUAGAAGCAGUGGAACUUUGGCAUUCUACGAAUUUACCCAAAAGUUCCAAUCAGUCCACGGUGGAAUGACUUGUUCCGUUUCUAAGUGAAUGAGCUUCUAUACCCUUCGGAUAACUGGAUUUUGUCAUCAAUACGACCAAAGUUUGUGCGGCUAUGACUAUGUUACUGGGCCAAGACACUAUCGCCGAUGAAUUUAUCGCUAAUUUCAAGGUCGGAUUCGAAGAGGCAGUAGCCAGUGGCCGAGAGGUCUAUCGAGACUCGUAUGCCGACAGAAACAUUGGAACCGCUUUAUGUGUAGUAACGUUUGAGACCGAAAGCGAAGCAACCACCAUGGCGGAUGACUAUGUUUAAGGGUUUGGGAGCUCGUAUCUAUACUGCGUCGAUAUCUCGCGGGUUAAGACCUGCCCAAGAGUUAGGGGCAGGCAGCGGUGGUCUCAACAACCAUGGGUUCCGCACACCAAGAUGCCAAUGGGCGGGAUCAAGCAGAGCGGCUACGGUCGUGAAAAUGGUCAAGAGGGCCUCAUGGCGUAUCUCAACUCGAAGACAUCUCAAUAAGCAUGCAGGUAAAGGAGCCAGGCAGGAUGCGCAAUGGGUUACAGUCGCUUUCAAUCCGUAUUUCAGCAGCGUGUUCAGCUUGCCUCCAAUGCAAUUUUCAGGGCUGA